AUGAGUGGAAGACUUGCAAAACUAGAGGAAGCAGAAGAUCUUGUUAUUGCAGUUCUUAAUUAUGCAGCCCAGGCCAUCAAAGAAUUGAAAGAAAUUCAGGCAAAUACAACAGAAAAGAAGGAAGAAUUUUUCCGUAAUUCAUAUAAAUACUAUAUCGAACUUCAAAAAGUCCAAGAAAUACUUAAAUCAGAACUUGACACAAUUUCAAACGCUCAAACUCCAAGUAGAAGACCUGGAGUUGAUCAGUUAGCAAUUGCUUCGUGGGAGGCUAAAGUUAUAGCUGAAAACUUACACGAUCUUUUAGAGUAA